AUGAGAGCUGCUUCAAACUCUCUGGUUAUACUUCAAAGCGGGAACACCAAAACUCGACACCACGUCGCGUGGCCGGAAGACAUGAAGUUAAAUCCAGACUUAUGGGCGGAGGUAUUUCUGAAGCUUCCGGUGAAAACACUGGUACGAGUACGAGACGUCUGCAAAUCUUGGCGUUCAAUUAUCGAUUCCCCUGAUUUCAUUACAGAACACUGUGAACAGUUCAAGAAGAAUUCUGACAAGAAUCAGUUACUGUUAGUUGAAAGAACUGGACCUUUACGAUUAAAAUACUCAGGAAAAGUAAUCAGAGUUGUUAAUAAACUCACAUUUGAGGAAAUUCGUCAGAUUACUAAAGUAUCAGAAAAGUGCAAGAUUUGGGAUGUUUUUGAUGGUUUGUUUUUGUACCAAGAUUAUGAUGCUACAAUUUAUACGUCGUUGAAGAUAUGGAAUCCCUCUGUUGGAAAAUCUUGGAGACUUCCUGAUCCUCCUAGGCCACUUCCUCGGCUGCUCGGCCAAGGCGACGACAAAUUGGUUCUGGGGUUUGAUCCUUCUAGUAAAGAUUACAAGGUGAUUGGAUUUCGAAGAAAUGAUGGUGUUUCUGUUAAAAAGUUGUCGUCUGAGAUCGCUGUUUAUUCGGGUAUUAAUCGGCUUUGGAAGAUCAAGACAGUUGAGGUAAAUGAGCCAUUUUCGUAUUUUGCUGUACUACAGCAUCAGCAUCAUUUCUGUCAAGGGGCUGCACAUUGGAUAGUGAGUGAUGGGGCUCGAAAUGAUGGCGGAUUUGAAUACACCCAUGUUCUGUCCUUUGAUUUUGGGAUUGAGGAAUUUCGAUGUGUUGAAUUGCCUGGUAUGGAGAUGUUCAAGUGUCUGUUUGUUUUUGGGAAAUCUUUAGCAGUUUUCGGUAUUUCUGCUGAGAGUAGCAGGAUAUGGAUUAUGGGAGAGGAUGUUGGAGAGGUUGUUGGCGAGAAACAAUGGAUCCUGUGCUUUGAAGGAGGUUCGAGUUUAGAUGCAUAUAACUUCUUUAAAGAGUACAAGUUUGCAAGGAUUACUUAUGAUGAGUACACUGGUGAAUUUUUCGUGGUGGUUUCGACUAAUUCUGAAACGAAACUGAUGUCUUAUAACAUUACUAGCCAACGGAUAAUGGCUUUCGUAACUGUUGUUGGUAAUCGAACAUGUUGUGCAGAUUCUUAUGUUGAGAGCUUGGUGACUUUCUAA